GCUGUGGCGGCGUCGCUCUCUAAAUCGUCCGUGCGGAAACAAGCCUCCUCCCCGCGCAGCGCCCGCUGCCUGCCAUUCGUCCAGCGCGAGCCCGCCGGUGCGAUCGUGGCGCUGGAGGAGUGGAGCAGCCAGAGCCGCAUGUAAAUGAACACUUCCACCUCCGUGUCUCUGUCACCGGAGGAUCUGCGGAUCGUCCCGUCCCUUUGAUCGGCGAGCCCGCCUUAAACGUCUCGCGUGCAGAUACAAAAGCAGGAAGGUUAAAUCGCACUUUGGAGCAAAACGAGCUCCUCUGACCGCUGCUCUGUGGCGCCGCGUUUCUCGCUCCAACACGCAGAGAGGACCUCUCUUCCGACCCCUGCUGAGCAUGUGGCGUGCGUGUGCUCUGGUCCUGGCGCUCGCCGCCGCCCUCGGCUGGGCCGACUCGGACUCACACAGACUGAGACAUGACUCCAACUUGGACAUCUACAAGCGGCUGUUUGAGACCAAGAGGAAAGAUCAACUGAACGCGUUGAAGAACCUGGUGGAGCUGAACGACAUCAACCAGCAGUACAAGAUCAUAGACAUCAUGCUGAAAGGACUCUUCAAGGUGUUGGAGGACUCGAAACAAAUCCUGGUUGCAGCCAACAUGCAGCCUGAUGACCCUUUCCCAUUGGACGAUAAGAUCAAAGAAGCCUACUCCCACGUGGUGGAGAAUACCGCGUUCUUCGGCGACGUGGCGUUGCGUUUCCCCCGUAUUGUCCACCACUACUACGACCGGAACACCGACUGGGACGGUCUGCUGCGCUGGGGCCUGAAUUUCUGUAACCGGACCGGGGUUUUCACGGGAGGAGCCCACCAGCACGUCCUCACCCUCAUGUCACAAGAGCUGGGAAUAACGGAGAAAUCCCCCGACUUUAUAAACCCCUACCGCACAGAGAGGGACGAUGUGCUUCACACCGCUGAGGCUUUCCAGAAGAUCCUGAGGGAGGAGGAGAAGAGGAGGAGGAAAGAAGAGAAGAGAAAAGAGAUCCGGAAAGGCCCCCGCAUCUCCCGCUCUCGCACCGAGCUAUAGCGGAGCAGAGGGGGGGGGAACACACGCACAGUACCACAGCGGGUGGCUCGCACCUGUCGACUGCCGGCGACAGUGAAGGAAAUCAAGGCUGUCCUCGCUUGUGGAAACGAGAGAGGAACCAUCAAGGUUCCACAAAAAAAAGUAACGUGGAAGUGUCCGUAUCUGGCGAACGUCCGAAGUGCUGCACAUCUACAGUGAUUCUGGAUUGUGUACAUCUACAGUGAUUCUGGAUUGUGUACAUCUACAGUGAUUCUGGAUUGUGCACAUCUACAGUGAUUCUGGAUUGUGCACAUCUACAGUGAUUCUGGAUUGUGUACAUCUACAGUGAUUCUGGAUUGUAUAGGAGGUAAAGACGUCUCUGGAAUAAGGGUUGAUAAGGGAGCUCGUUUUAAUUACUUAUCAUUUAUUUCAGUAUAAUCUUUUAAGAUUUAAUGUGUCCAAAACCCAUUUGCUUCGAACCACGAGUGUUUCCCAAAUCUAAAUUUGUCCUCAUCUAAUUCCUUUUGGAUGUUGUCUGUUUAAGUUGAGCUUGAAUUGACUGAUGGAAUAUAGUUGUGUUGUUACUUGUUCCUUCAACUGAGAUUUGUUUGAUAUUUCUAGAGGAUUGUUUGUAAGUUGGCAGAUUUAUGUUCUUUUUUGCUACUCAAAAGUUUUAAGGACACAUAUCAGUUUUAUUUGCCUGAAGAACAAUCAUUUGGAAUAAUAUUUGUUUAAUGUGAUCACCAUCAAAGAGAUCAUCUGUGA